CCCAAUCUCACUUGCGUCGCUCCCUGUUUUUAGGGAAGUGACUCACACAUACACACACACACUGACGUUAAAGAAGACAUGUUUUAGCUCAGAUGUAUAAUGGCUACAGUGGCUCCAGUGACAUGACGCCGACACGAUGUUUUGUACCUUAACGUUACUCUUGUGGAUCUACGUCGACCAAGCGCUGACUGAAACGCCGCCGCCGCCGCCACAGGAUGUCCACGCUGAUAACUGGCUGCUGACAUGGAGUUCCGCCACCGAGGACAGAAAUGUCACCUACACCGUCCAGUACAGGCCAUACUCUCACGACGAGCAGAAGUGGAAGAAUGUGCCGUCCUGCGUCCAGACGCCUUCGAAUUCCUGCAAUGUCACUUUCACCAGAGACGAGGAGGAGAAACACAGAUGCGUGAUGCUGAGAGUGCAAGCGAAGAGACGAGGCCUGAAGUCUGCGCAGGUUGACGCCUGCAGCAAACACGGUGACUUGUGCACGCCUAAUGUCAGCCUGUUGGCGCACCGAGGAUCUCUGACCGUUAAUCUGAGCGGGAACAGCAAGUUGUACCAAGAAUACGCCGCACACAUAAAAUACAACAUUUACUACGGGAAGGAGGGAGAGACCCUGAAGGAAAACAGGAGGCAGAUAUCCUCGGUGACCAUCCCCGACCUGAAGGAGGGACAGCGGUACUGCGUCAGAGUCCAGUACCUGUUGUAUGGAGAUGAAGUCGGCAUGAGCAGCUGCCCAAUAUGUGAAGAAAUCCCCAAGACCAAGCCCCAAGAAUCCAAACUAAAAGAGGCAAUAAUCGUUCCUGUUGUGGCCGUCAGCAUCAUCCUAGCUGUGGUUAUCCUUUCUUACGUCCUCAUCUACAAACGGAAGAAAAUCAAACAGUAUCUGCAACCGCCGUACGAGAUCCCAUCUGAGUUCCUCCUCGAUGACGUUCCCAUCCCCAACAGCACCUACAGACCGCGGGACGAGAUCUAUGACACCAUCUCUGUUAUGACUCCACUGGAGGUCCGAGGACAGUGAAGGCCCUCAGAAAUAAAAAAAGACCCUUUAACCCCAUAAAUCUUCAGUCCGGCCAAACUUGUAGAUCAGAGUGCU